AUGGCGGUCAAAAGCGAAUCGAGGCCCAUCUUCGUGGAGGCCAAGGUGAAGAUGCACGGCAUCCUCCGCAACCUCAGCUUUGCGGGGCUGCUGGCACUGGACGGGCAACGCAGCGCGGUAGAGCUGCGCCCGCUGUUGGCGCAGCAGCGGGGGCUCUGCGAGGGUGCAGACCUGGACUCCACGGCGGAGGCGGCGCGGGAGGUGCUGGAUGAGACCAUCAAGAAGCUCAUGUCCGGCCAGGACCACGUGACCCCCCAGGCCCGGCUCUUGAAGAUGAUGCACCGUGGCCGGAACGUCUCCGUUUUUGCUGAGAGGCAAGCUGCUGAGCGAGAGGCGUACCUGGAGCGCCUCUGCGAGUUCAACCGGUCCUUGAUCGGGAACUUCAUCCGCAUGAUCGACGUGAUUCAGCAGAGCUGCUUGGUGGAUCUUGCCGUGUCGAAGGUCCGCAGCCUCUACGACCGCUUCGCGAGGACGCCGAAGCUCUUCCAGGUGUCCGCGGCCUUCGAGCCGGCCCCAGGUCCCCUUGGUGCUGGAGCCGGGGAAGCAGGACUUCUUGGAGGGCAUGCAGCAGGUCUUGGAGCAAAUCACGGCGGCGGUGAGCCAAGUGUCCCCGGUGGUGUCCUACCGGAAGUACUCCAGGCACUUCAAGGCAGAUCCUUUGGCGGCCAACCCCACGGACGUGAUUUGGUGCGACGGGACCUUCAGGAGUGCCAAGGAGGGUCUCAUGAAGCAGAUUGA